AUUUAAUUUUUGCCGCAAAUAAAGCUAACUAGUAAGUUGGAAAAUUAUUUUCGUCUCAAAAGUACUUUAAUUCAAAUGUUUUUAUGUUGAUUUCAUAAAAUGGCAAAGAGAAAGCGUUCUCAAGACGAAAAUUUACAACCUCAAUAUAAAACUUAUGUUAGUGAUAAAAUACAACAGCAAAACAAUGCAACAAAAAUGAGGGUUAUCUAUGAUAAAACCACGAGCAUGCUAUUUAAUGGAGUUAAAAAUUUGAGUAAAAUAGAAAAUAAUAAUAAUCAAGAGAAGAAUGUGAAUAACAAAAACAAUGCGGAGACGAAGACUUCUCUUCCUUACUGUGAUGAUAAUGCAUUGUGGAAAUGCUAUUUCUGUGAUAAAAACAAGUGUGCCGAAUGUAUUGUUCAAUGCAAUAAAUGUGAAAAUUUGUAUUGCAAAACCUGUUCUAUAAUUGUAUACGAUCAACCAGAUAUUUCACAUUUAUGUUUGUCAUGUGUAUAAAACAUUGAUUCGAAUGCAUAGUUAAUACCUCAUUGCUUUAUAGCAUGAAUUAUUUUAAUAAUUUAAG